AUUAAUUGUUGCAGUUCGAACAACUUUUUUUUCUGCGAUACACAUUAUGUCUGUCAAAAUGCCUUAAUAAAUAAGCUUGCCGUAAUAAAUAUAUAAGUUUGAUAGCUGAUACCGGGUUCUUUGCUAACACUUAUACUUCAAGUACUCAUAUCUCUCUGGAAACGCAAAUUUAAAUUAUUAGUGCUGUACAGAAUGCUUGUUAUGUGCUACGCCGGGUUGCUUAUUGAAUUUAUACUGCUGUAAUACGGUAGGUGCGCCAUUAACAUAACGUCCUCUUCUGCUACUGAUUUUUUUAUUCUUUGUAAUUUACAGUGCGGUAGUGGGUAGAAAACAAGCAAUUUCCGAAUGCACAUAGAUCGAAACAGCUAAGGACUCACAGCAGGAGUCAGGAGUGUCCGUAUGUUACUGUCUGCAUUCGACAUAAGGGUACCGCUUCUGUUUACAAUGAUUACCGGGCAGUUUAUUCCUUGUUCUGCGUGUUGUCGGCACUAAUUGUGUUUGCUGCCGAUGCGUGCAUGACGCUGUUAUAUUCUUACUGCAAUAACUGUUUAUAGCAGCUGUGUUCGGUGUUCACACUUCAUCAAGCUAAUGGUCACGGAUUUCAAUUCAUUAUUAUUUCAUUACUGUAUUGAGCCAUACGCUGGAUGUAAUUCUAUGGUGCUCCAAUUUCCAUCAUGUGCCAAUGUUUUUGAUAGUACAUAAUUAAACCCGACGCUUUGUUAAUGGCUACGUUUUAGCGGGACAACAAAGAAUGGCAUAUGAUUCAGCUGAUUCAGCUGGACGCCUGGACGUACCACGCGUUCCCUGAAUCAAGUUACAUUUUUGUCCUAUUAUCCUAAACGUAUCAGUUAAAAAAAGUUUACAUUCACUUGACCUACAAAUCAUUAACGCAGCCUUUCGACCCUGAAUCGUCUAAAUCUCGAUCUGAUCCUGAAAUACUCAGUGAGCGAUUUAACUGGUGGCGAUUCUGCCUUCACCGAUCUGUCAUUCACCUCGGCUGAAACAUUUCGUCCAUUUGAGUGCAGAUCUCUAAAAUCCGACCUAAUCAGCAACUGCAGCUCGUUACUGGCAUAUUUACAACAUGAACCGGACUAACACCACCAACGCCACCACUCCCACCGCUUUCGUGGCCGCUUCGGUCCCGUCCAUCGGCAUCUGCCGCAUCGUCAUCCUCAUCAGCCGCUUCGUCCUCAACUCCAUUGUGCUCAGCGUGUACAUUGCUCGGCGCAAAAUGCGCACACCUUUCUCCGUAUACAUCAUGUCCCUCCUAACCAGUAACCUCCUGGAUCUCAUUCUGUUCUUCCCCUUUAUGAUCGCCAACAACCUCGGAACGGACGCCAGUCAUUUCGUCUUCGGGGAAACCGGCUGCGCGGUAUACGGCUACGGCGUCGCUAUAAUGCGCUGCUGUUGUUUAGCAUCACACGCACUGAUCACCCUGAACCGCGCCUGGGCCAUGACCUUUCCCAUCUCCUAUAAAAACAUUCAUAGUUCCCGUUUUGCGGUAGCAUUAUGUGUCGUUGUGAUGGUGGGCAUUCACAGUUUAAUGGUUCCCGGUCUCGUGUUAAGCGAGCAAACCCGACCGCGUCCCGUGCAGACGUACGGCUGCUGGUACCAAGUGAGCCGCUCAAAAUCGAUUUUGAACUUAUUAAGCACGAUUGGAUUCUUUUUAUUCUACAUUAUGCCGGUGAUUAUCGUGGCGAUGUAUCCGUAUCUGUUCUUCAAAUACCUUCAAGCCAAAAAAAGAGUCGCCGGACAAGAAGGUCACCAGGGAGCCCCGGCCGAGUUGAAGGCUAGCCGCACAUUCGGGAUUGUCUCCAUGCUGUCGUUGUCGAUCAUUGUUUGUUGGCUGCCGGAAGAGCUGGUGACGCUACUGAUGAGCUACGUGGGCAGCCGGAGCGUCAUCCGAGCGUAUCCGAUUGUCAGUCUGCUGAGCUCGUUUCAAGUGCUACUCGAUCCGCUGUUUCUCCUGGUGAGCUCGCGCGAACUGCGCUACGGGUUGAUGAGUAUUCUGUGCAACAAGAAGUUCAUGGCGGAACGAGCCGGUACAUUCAAUAUGGUGACGUUUGCGCGCAGCAACACGAAACAUCCCACAAUGAGCACCCGUAUUUACAAUUAAAAGGAUGAUGAUGGAAAUAAACAGGCAUUUCUCACAAUACAUGUUUCACACAAGUGACACAACCCUUAAGCUUGAAUACGGUUUCUUGUUACGUUUCCUCCGU